GUUCUUUGGGCGCCUUCCCUGUUUACCUCACCAUGAGCUUCUUUCUCCCCAAACUCACCAGCAAGAAGGAGGUCGAUGGGGCGAUCAAAGCCGUGGCGGAGAAAGUCCUGGUCCUUCGCUUUGGCAAGGACGACGACCUCGUCUGUAUGCAGCUGGAUGAGAUCCUUGCAAAGACAGCUCAUGACUUAAGCAAAAUGGCCACAAUUUAUUUGGUGGAUGUAAACAAAGUACCAGUGUACACACAAUAUUUUGACAUCAGCUAUAUUCCAUCAACCGUCUUCUUUUUCAAUGGGCAGCACAUGAAAGUUGAUUAUGGCUCUCCAGAUCACACAAAAUUUGUGGGAAGUUUCAAAACAAAACAAGACUUCAUAGAUUUGAUUGAGGUGAUUUACCGUGGAGCAAUGCGUGGAAAACUCAUUGUACGAAGUCCAAUUGAUCCAAAGAAUAUUCCCAAGUACGACCUUCUCUAUCAAGACAUUUAAAUGCCUCAUCUAAUGAAAAGCGAGACUGCUUAUUCAAGUCUUCCUUGAAUGUUUUAUCACCUUUGAAGGAAUAUAUUUAUAUUUAUUUAUCCUGAGGAUCAUAUUGAUCAUCAUCUGGGGGACAGACAUUCUGUCAUUUGUUCGUUCUCUGAAUAAAUUUAUGUACAUAAACAA